AAAAGAUAAAAAAAUAAAUGUUUUAGCAAGUUCUACCGUUUCCACCAUACGGAUCUUGCUGCUGGAGCGUCUCAGAUCGUGAUUUCCCUCUUUUUCUAUAACCCCAUUUUCACUUUCUCUCGUUCUUCUACCGUUGCCACAGAUCUCUCUCUUCUCCGAAGUUUCAAUCAUGUUCAAUUUCCACUUUUUCAUGCCAUUUUGACUAUUCGGUCGGUUGCUUUGUCGUCUAAAUCAUAUCUUUCUUCUUCAAAAGAGGAUUAGUGUGAAUGAUGGAUUCAAUUAACCCUUUGCCCGCUGAUGGACUUGAUGUGGUCCACCAAAAUGGCGUUGAUGACGAACCUUCUAAUUCUGGAGAGGACGGUGUUGUUUCAAAUGGCUUAGACCCCCAUGUUACUGAAACUACAGAAACCGUAGCUUUGAAUGGAAAUUUUGAAAGUUUCGACCUGUCAGAAAGCACUGCAACUGGAAACUCGGCUAUGGAGGAAACUGAAGAAACAAAUGACAGUGUGGAUGGCAAUAGUCUCACUGUUUCAAAGGAAAAGGAAGUGAAGAUAACAGUUCAAACGGAACAAUCAAAAGCACAGAAGGGUCCUGUCAAGAUUAAGAAUGCAAAGGUUGCUAGUUCCAGUGGUGUUCGUGCUAGUUUGGUGAAAAACAACAAAAUUGGAAAAGACAAACAAGCAUCAUCUGCUGUUUCAAAUGGAACUUCUGCUGUAGACUCCCGCCCAAAACAGCCUAGUAAAAGCAGAUCAUUCAAUGACCGGCAGUCCCAAUUGUCCAAGCACCCUUCAAAGUCUGAGGCAGCAUCUUCUCAAGUUGCAGCGGAGAAGAAAAAUCCAAAAUCAUUGAAAAAGGGAACUCUUGAUAAAGUUCAAGGAGAAGCAGAACCUUCUCUUACCAAUGCAGAAGAUGCCAAACCUCGCAGGGUGGGGACACUUCCAAAUUAUGGAUUCAGUUUCAGGUGCGGUGAACGAGCUGAGAAAAGGAGAGAGUUCCUCAAUAAGGUUGAGGAAAAGAUUCAGGCAAAGGAGGAGGAGAAGAGUACCUUGCAGGCAAAAUCCAAGGAGAGCCAAGAAGCCGAGAUUAAAAAGCUUAGGAAGAGUCUAACUUUUAAAGCAACUCCAAUGCCAACUUUCUAUCAGGAGCCUGCUCCUCCUAAGGUAGAGCUGAAGAAGAUACCAACCACAAGAGCUAAAUCUCCCAAGCUCGGGCGAAAGAAGAAUUCCACAAAUUCAGAGUCUGAUGGAAACGGAAGCACCAGUUCUCGACAAGGUCGAUUAAGUCUGCAGGAGAAAGUGCUACAGAGCAACUCCACUAAAGGAAUUACCCUUGUCAAUCAAAAGAAGCCGAUACGAAAGUCCCUUCCUACUCGACUGGCUUCUGAAAAGACCAAUUCAACCGCGGCACCUACAUCGAGGGCAACAAAGAAAGAUACUACCUUAACCAAAGCUACAAAUGAAGAGAAAACCGAGAUCGUUGCAGUCAAUGAAGAGAAAACGGAGACCAUUGCAGCCAAUGAAGAGAACAAUACUCUUUCCAGUGAGACAAAUGCUGCUCUUCCUCUGAAUGUGGUUCCUUCAGAUAAACCAAGUGAAGAAGAAUCUCAUGUGAAUGGUGACAUAACAGUGGUUGAAGAGAAUCCUCACCUUACCUUGUCACCAGAAGCGAUAACGACCGUGCAUUGAUCGGAUUGUGAAUGUUAUAGAAGCUUAUGACUCAGAUUAUUUUGACAAUGAAGGCUUGCAAAUUUGCAUUAUGGUUUGUGUUGUCCUAUUGUCGUUGUUUAUUUAUCUGUUUACUCCUAAGCUUGAUAAUUCAGUUGUCAUCAUUCUCAUUUUUAUUUGCUUGCAGCAAUGUAUGUAAACUACUUUGCAAGUUUGAAUAUUCUAGUUGAUGCUUAUUUUGAGUA